AUGCCGAAGUACAUCUUAGCCGUUAACGCCGGCUCAUCCUCCGUGAAAGUGACAUUCUAUACAUUCGAGAACCCGCCGAAACCCAUCGCCGACGCUCAAGUCUCAGGAAUCACAGCUCCGCCGCCCUUGCUGAAAUACCAGCGCGGACCGGUGAAAACCAAGGAGAAGCUGGAGGAGAAGCUCAGCACACCCCAGGACGCAUUCAAAUAUAUCCUCAAGCGAUGCUUCAAUGAUCCGGAGCUCUCGGAGGUCGCUAGCGAUGCUGAUCUCGCGUAUAUAUGUCACCGGGUUGUUCAUGGGGGUGACUACAAGGACUCAGUGACUAUUACCGAUGAAACACUACAUCGCCUCGAAGCGCUGGAAGAUCUUGCCCCGCUACACAAUUUCUCCGCGCUAGAAAUUAUUCGGCUUUGCAAGGAAGAGCUUCCCAGCGUCGCUAGCAUAACCUUUUUCGAUUCUUCUUUCCAUCAGACUAUGCCUCUACAUGUGAAAACGUACCCUAUCAACCAGGAAAUUGCGCGCGCGAACGGAUUACGGAAAUACGGAUUCCACGGGAUAAGCUACUCGUUCAUCCUUCGUUCUGUGGCUCAGUUCUUGGAUAAACCUAUUGGGCAGACGAAUUUGAUCGCGAUGCACCUUGGGAGUGGGGCUUCCAUAUGUGCUAUCAAGGAUGGAAAGUCGAUCGAUACCUCGAUGGGGCUAACGCCCCUCGCUGGAUUGCCUGGAGCAACUAGAAGUGGCUCAGUUGAUCCAUCACUGGUCUUUCACUACACUAACGAAGCGGGGAAGCUGAGCCCCGCAAGUACGAAGGAAAUGCAUAUCAGCACGGCAGAAGAAAUUCUCAAUAAAAAGUCCGGCUGGAAGGCUCUAACUGGUACAACUGAUUUUGGCGAGAUCGCAGUCGAAAAUCCGCCGUCGGAGGCGCACAAGCUCGCUUUCGAUAUCCUCGUCGAUCGCAUUCUAGGCUAUAUCGGAAGUUACUACGUGAAGUUGAAUGGACAGGUGGAUGCUCUCGUCUUUGCGGGCGGCAUUGGCGAGAAGAGUGCGCUUUUGCGCCGGACCUUGGUUGAAAAGUGCUGGAGUCUAGGCGUAGAGAUCAACCUAGAGGCUAAUGAGAACGGGCCCGAAGAUAACGAGACAGUCAAAGAUGUUUCCAAGGGAGGCGGCAAGGGGCCCCGAGUCCUAAUUUGCCAGACCAAUGAGCAGUUCGAAAUGGCGUACCACACUGUUUGUUCCCAAUUUUGA